GCUCCAGAACGGGGCUGCUCCAGAGCCUGCGGACGGACAUGUGGGGAGCCGUGAGGCCCCUGCUGUGAAGGUGGCAGCACAAGGGGUGCUGCGAGCACGUCGCCCUUCGGCCUGGCCACCAUGGAGACACGCAAGCGGGAGAUGGAGCUGCUGAGCAACACCAUGGCUGCCUACGCCCACAUCCGAGACAAUCCUGAGAGUUUUGGCCUCUAUUUUGUCCUGGGCGUCUGCUUCGGCUUGGUGUUAACCCUCUGCUUGCUGGUGAUCCGCAUCUCCUGCCGGCCGCACACCCGCAGCCUCCCUGCCAAGCCCAGGAGGAGCCUCCGGGACGUCAGCGAGGAAGACGAAGAGGAGGAGGAGGAGGACACGGUUGACAACGUGGCGACGGAGUCCCCACUGCCCAUCACCGAGAUCCCCCUGGAGAACCACAGCCCGGCAGAUGGCACCUUGACUGUCAACGUCUUUGCCUCGGCGGAGGAGCUCGAGCGGGCCCAGCGGCUGGAGGAACGGGAGCGCAUCAUCCGGGAGAUCUGGCGCAACGGCCAGCCAGACAUCCUGGGCACGGGCACCGUGGGCAGAGUGCACUACUACUGA